GUGAUAAGCCUGAACCUCCAAGUACGAUCUUCGUGCAAAAACAUAAAAAAAACAUGUUGAUGCUUCAGCAGAAUAAAAGUGCAAAAGAAAAAGGGGGUAGUUUAUUUUGAAUUACCACUGCCCCUUGGGGUGUUAUGCAUGAAAACCCUGAAGACAAUCGGCGAGGACAAACAUUAAGAACGUGAAACUGCGCAAGCCUUAGAAAAAACAACGUCGUGUGGAUCGAGGCUUUUGAAACUGACUGCCCUCCUCUAGCCGUCUAAUAGCCGUCUAAGAAGAAGCACCCAAGCUGACGUCACAGCAGCAAACGCACGAUGUCUGACGUCAUCACAGCCCAGCCAUUUGCCAGGCGGCCGCUGGGAGCGUUCGAACAGAUCUUCGACGCGCACCACUCUUUUGGUAAUUACAUCUUCCUAUGUGCAAUGUUUCUUCGCUCGAAGAGCAAACUCACGGAGGCGGUGCUCCAUCAGGUUUUAAGAAAACUGCAGAAUCGGCACCCAUUUUUGAGAUCACGGAUUGUCGUUGGAGACAACGGAAAUAGGUACUUUGAAGAAAUGGACAAGUUGGUUGUCGAUUUCCAAAUGGUUGAAAGUGACGACUGGGAAGGAAUGUAUGAGAAAAUGUUAACGACGCAAUUUGACUCUGAGAACGGGCCGCUUUGGAGAGUAAAACUCCUAACAAUGCCACACACAAAUGAAGAAGCAAAAUGCAAUCUCUCCAACGGCGCUCUAAAGAGCGACAUGCCAUUUAAGCAGACGAUUCUCUUCGCCUUUCACCAUGCCAUAUCCGACGGCAUCUCGGCCGCGUCCCUGUUUGAAGAAUUCGCCGAAAUUCUCGAUUCCCAUCAAGGUUCCAUGGCCACGGAACACCCCGUGAAAUCUCUACCUCUCCUCCCGCCGAUGGAGGAUCUCCUACCCAGGCCGGACAUCACCUUCCGGUGUCUAGAUUUCUUCAAUAUCUUCAGGAUAGCCUACGAGAGCUUCUUCCCCGGCAAAAACCAGUACCUCAACAAAUACCCGCCGCCCAUCACGAAAGACCCAAAUGUUGCAAUCAUGACCAAAGUUAUACCUUUUGAACUUUCAAAACUGGAAACUGAGAAACUGAUAGCUAGAUGCAAGAAGGAAAAGACAUCAGUCCACGGUGCCCUGACCACCGCGGCUAAUCUUGCGUUGUCAAAAAUUAUCCAACCGGGCGGUGGAGCACCCCUUGUUAUACCCUCAUUGCAUCCAGUGAACAUUCGCUACUUCUGUAAACCCCCUGUGGAGCCCCAUCACCUUGGCAACUUAGUGUUAGCGGUUGAUACCAAACUGAGGAUCCCAAAGGGGACCUCCAUACAGAAAUUCUGGGAACUUUCAAAGAAAUACACGCAAGCAAUCCGUGGCGGGUUGGCAUCGAAGGAGUACACGAAAUUCCUGCGUGUUUUCGGGAAAAUCUGGAACCGAGACAUGUACAUAUCGAGGGUGGAAGACAGCCAGAAAGUGGGUGGGCGCAACGGGGCGUAUUUCACCCUCUCAAAUCUUGGCAACUUGGACAGGGUCCUCAAGGGGACGUCGUAUUCUGAGAUCGAGCUCGAGGACGUCCUCACGGCCACUGGGAUGCACCGUGAGGGGCCCGUGUUCCUCCAUAAUGUUAUCACGUUCAGGGGACAGCUACGGUGGCAUUUAAACUAUUGUACAAACGUGGCCACCACGCAGCACGCGGUGGAGUACUCCUACCUCAUCCAUAAGACGUUAUUGGAAGCUUUAAAGGAAUAAUAAGAACACGUAGGAGGACUCAGUACAAUUGCCACUGUGUGAACAAAUUGUGAGGUGUCAUCUAUCACAUUGGAAUAUUGCUUCAAAAAUUUGAAGCUUUGUCGAAUUUAGAGAACCCUUUCAGGGUUAUUGAUAACGUAAUUUACCACUUUGAGUCUUCGUAUAUUGUGACAGAGGAUGUUGUUCUGACUUAUGUUACCUUAAGAGAAUUUUAGAGAAUUUUUAUGUCUUAAUCACAGUCGAAAAGACAAAGCUGGCACUUUAAGUAUAUCACAAAUGUACAUUUUUUUAUUUAAUGCUGUUGUUAUAAACGUUAUAACAAAAAUACGAAGAAGCCUUCAUCGGACUGCAUAUAAAGUUAUUCAUUAAUGGCAUCUUGUUGCAAUGGAUAUCAUUUAGCGAUAUAAUGAAUGUCUGUGAUCAACCUGAUUCAUAAAUAAUUUGAUAUCAGUAUAUGGAUGAAUAUAAUAAAAAUGUUAACUAUUUG